AUGAGAAAGGCAACCACGAGGAUCAAUGCAAAGCGAACACUCCUCCGUCGUUAUGGCACAUCCAAUGCUCGACCGCCGGUCAUCAGCAUAUCCAAUGGCACUUUCUACAGACACCACCCGAACUCGCACCACGCAGCCACGAGCUCUAACCCCCCGCUCUUCCAAGACCUCACCUUCUCCCUGCCGUCCUUCGCUUCCAUACCCGAAUACUGGGCUAUACUAGGCCCUUCAUCGUCAGGAAAGACCACGUUCCUGCAGAUUCUACGAGGGAAGCAUUUAUGCAUCCCACCCGCAGGACGAACAUACCCGUUCCUGUCGUCGGACGAGAUCAAAGCCGAGGACCACAGGCGGCGGCAUCCCAGCGCGGUUAUCAAGCAAGUAGGCUUCGAUGGGGAGCAGGGACUCGGUCAGCAGGCGCCGCAGAGCGCGUACCUGAGCGCGCGAUACGAGUCGAGGAGGGAGGACACGGAUUUCAGCGUGCUGGAUUACCUACUGGGGAACACGGAGCUGAACCCUUCCGACGAUGAUGGCAAGAGGGUCGAUUCCGCGCUGCUGGCGAGGGUGGUCAAGGAUCUGAGGCUGGAGGAGCUGGUCGAGAUGCCGGUCUCGAAUCUGAGUAAUGGGCAGACGAGGCGGGCGAGGAUCGCGAGUGCGCUGCUGGCGGACCCGGAGGUGCUGUUGCUGGAUGAGCCGUUUAUGGGGCUGGAUCCGCCGACGCUGUUGAGUUUGAGUCCGAUGCUGCAGCGGCUUGCUGAAGCGAAUAAACCUAGGCUGGUGCUGGCUUUGAGACCACAGGAUCCGAUUCCGGAUUGGAUUACGCAUCUGAUUUACUUGAAGGGUAACUGCGAGGUUGCUUUUCAAGGAAUUAAGAGGGAUGUACUGAAUGGUUUGGGAGCUCGUGUUUAUAUGGUUCAGAAAGGCGAGACAGAGGCCGAUCCUGGGAUGCCGUUGCAUUCUCUCCAUGAAGUUGGCAGGACUCUGACGAAAGAUGGGAUCGUUCAGGAGUCUCUAUUUGGGCAGAAUCUAACGCAAGAGCGGGUUACUUUCUCCCGCGGUGGAAAGCCAAAUGCUUCCCAGGCUGAAAAUACCACCUUGAGUAGGGACGGGUUUCCUCUGCAUGAUAUCGAGACACCAACCAUUGGGGAGCCCUUAAUAGAAAUCCAAGGCGUCCGAGUCCGGUAUGGAGAUAAAACUGUCUUGGGCAACUGGGAAACAGAAGUUCACGGUAGCAAAGCCCAACACGGGCUACGGUGGGAUGUCAAACGUGGCGAGAGAUGGGGGAUUUUCGGUCCGAAUGGAUCUGGAAAGACAACCCUCCUCUCUCUCAUUUGCUCAGACCACCCGCAAACCUAUGCGCUUCCUAUCAAACUUUUUGGCCGAUCAAGGAUUCCCGAACCUGGUCAGAGGGGCAUCUCGAUAUUUGAUCUGCAGGCUCGAAUUGGUCACUCGAGUCCAGAAAUUCACGGUCAUAUUCCAAAGUCGCUGACUCUUCGCCAGGUCUUGGAGAAUGCAUGGGCUGAUACCUUCAGAGGUGUCCCGAAGGUCGACGAGUCUGCGAGGGAGAAAGUCGAUGCCUGCUUGAGAUGGUUUGAACGCGACCUUCGAAGAGAGACCAGCAGUGUCGUUGCCGACGGUACUGAAUGGGCAGAUCAGGCUCUGUUUGGGGGUUUGCCUUUCUCCUCUCAGAAAGUUGCGCUGUUUCUCCGUGCGAUUAUCAAAAAUCCAGAUCUGGUCAUCUUAGACGAAGCCUUCAGCGGCAUGGAUGACGGCGUACGAGACCGCUGUCUUCUCUUCCUCGCCCACGGAGAAACGAAACAAUUCUCCUCUUUUUUGUCGGCAAGAGAUAUGACGAAAUCCUUGUGCAAAGGUCCAAGGAUUGUAGACUCCGAUAUCUCAAAACGCAAACAGGUAAGAGUCCCUGGCUUGGGUGAGGAGCAAGCACUUCUCUGUAUCAGCCACGUCCGCGAAGAGAUACCGGGGAGUAUUCGAGAAUGGAUCUGCCUCCCGGAGGCGAACACCGGGAAACCUGCUCGGUUUGGGAGGCUGGCUGGCCCGAUUGAGGGGGAUUAUCGGAGGUGGAAUGAGAUUUGGGGAAUGUGA